GCACAUAUACACGCAGAUAUUUGCACGCACAUGAAAAAUGGUGGGCCAAACGAAAAAUAACGACAGCGGGGCGGGUAAGGCGAGUAAACCGUGUAUGCUUGCCCACCUAAAUUUGUUUAGAAGAACCCGGUGCGGAAGAAAAAAAUUCGAAACCUCGUCGCGAAAACAUUUAAAAAGCGGGCGCCUUCCAACGUGCAGGGCACAGUGUUGUACUCUUCACGAUGGUUUACAGAGUGAUCGUGUUUUACGUCGCCGUCCAGUCGGUGGUCAUCGCUUCGCCAACCGCAACCAUGUCCCACGGCGAAAACAUCGUUUCCCCGAUCGGGACGUUUUAUCACCCGACCCCGUCUUCCAGGGCCAGGGGCUUUCCGGAAGUGGGAAAGCUGCCCAAGACGUCAACCAUGUACAAGAAGCUUCCAGUCAGUGGACCCGACAGCAAACCGUGGCUCAAACUAACCAAUACAGGUAACAACCAUUUGUCACGCAACGGACGCCUACCCGCUUUAAUGGAUACAUAUCAACCACCCAGGACGCGAUCCAACCACAUGCGCUUGGAGGAAUCACAUAGGUCGGAGGAGGAAAGGGCGGAAAAGGUCAACUCUGACCUAGAGAAGAUGAUACAGUUCAUGACAAUUCUAGGCCAAGUUGAUCGGUAUCUGUCAUCGAGAGCCAAGUCCUUUGUCAGCACACUGGGCCGGGCGAUGGAAAACAAUCCCGACGAUCAUCACCUUUACAACGACAAGGAUAUGUCUUUUGAUUACUGAGCUGCACUCGGUAUUAUUUAAAUAAACGUUUUAAGUUUUUUUAUUAUUAUUUAUUUUAUCCACUAACUUGUUCAUAUUUAUUAAUAUUUAUUUCCAUAAAAACCAUAACAUUUGUUAAGUGCUACCUUUGUAUUUAAAGCAGGACAGAAGUUUUAAAAUAUCAUACUACUAUUAUAUUAGGUUAGUAAAUAUAUUUAUUUAUUUGUUUA